CUGUUGAAAAAACCUCACCGCGGUAAAACAUUUUGCUGGAAAUAUAUUGACUACUGUGUUGUCAGUGAAUUAAAACGCAACGCUGCUCCCACGUGUGCCGCGUCUUGCUCUAUAACACACCGGCACAGCGCUUUUUUGCGCACUACAAUGACCAAGAUCGCCCCUAAUGAAAGCGAGGCAGUGUAAACACAACUCCAGGAACAUGAAAAGAUCGGCUGACAGUGAGGGGGAGAAGAGAACAAAGAGGCGGAAGCUACUGCAGGAGUUGGGAGACAAGAAGAUCCCCUUUUUAGGACCUUCAAAUCGGGGAUUUCAGCAGCUGUGGGACUCCAGUUACUCCGGCCUGAUUCUAAGGAAAUCCUGCUCACUGCCUGCUGAGCUUCAUGGCCGGGUGCAGGCGGCUUUGCUCACCCUGAGAAGCAAGGGCUGUCUCCUGAGGGACCUGGUCCGUGUCCGUGACAGAGAUGUUUUUACUGCCGUGUCCCGGGCCCUGCUGGGCGAGCCGGGCCACACCUAUCGCUAUCUGGACACGCGGCUCUUUGCCAUCCCCUGGCACAAUGAGGACUCAGACGCCAAAGGACAAAGUUGCUGUGACCCUGACUUGAGAGCGGCUUGCAAGGCAUUGUGGGAGCUUAACACCUUUUUUUGCUCCGACGUGUUUCAGCUGAAGGAAGGCGACAGGCUAACGCAAUGUUUAAAGGGAGAGGUAGAAGUCAAACAGGGUGAGGAGGAUGAGACUGAGUCUAAACACAGCGAAGAAUCCAAGAACAGUGAAGGAGGGGACUCAGAAUCCAGACAAAGUGAGGAGGGGGACACAGAGUCCAAGCACAGUGAGGAGUGGGACAUUGAGUCCAAACACAGCGAAGAAGGAUGCUCAUUGUCCAAACAAGAAGGGGAGUGGGACACUGAGUCCAAACACAGCAGCGAGGAGGGAGAGUCAUCCCAGGUGAAGCCAAGUGACACCAGCGUCCCAACAGGGUAUGAACAUAGUGGAGGGAAAUGCCCUGGAUGGGCACCCAAGGCCAUUGGCGGCACAGAUGCCGAACCUGAGAAACCUGUGGUCGAACUAAAGCACAGCUUGUCAGAUUAUCACAUUGAGGACAAGGAGCAACAGGAAAGUGGGCAGGGCUGUUCCCAGCCCAGUCCUCCGCAGGUAUGCACUGGUCCAGUUAAGUUCAAUGUCACCUUGCUCAACUAUAUGGACCCGGCUGCCACGAGCCAGCUCAAAGAGGAGCCGUACUACGGCAUGGGGAAAAUGGCAGUAGGGUGGCACCACGAUGAGAACUUGAUCAUUCAUUCACCAGUGGCUGUUUACAGCUACACCUGCCACGAUGACAAAGGGGAGAGCAGUGAGGGAGGCAGCGGUGAGAAGGCCUGCUGGAGGAUCGGGCUCAAGGUAGCCUGGGACAUCCACACACCUGGCCUGAUGCUGCCGCUGGAGUCGGGAGACUGCUAUUACAUGCGAGAUGACCUGAACAGUACUCAUCAGCACUGUGUCUUAGCUGGAGAAACUGCGCGCUUCAGCUCCACACACAGAGUGGCUGAGUGCUCCACUGGGACGCUGACUUACAUCCAGUCCCGCUGCCAGGAGGCCCUGUCCAACCUGCACACUGACCCCGAGACGGGCUCCCACCGCCUGCUGGCCCUGCUGCCAACAACGCUACAACACUGCGAGGAGAUUCACAAUGAGGUGGAGUUCGAGUGGCUGCGGCAGUACUGGUUUCAGGGCCAGCGCUACGCCCGGUUCUGCAGCUGGUGGACGAGACCGAUGGAGCAGCUGGAAAAGGACUGGAAGCUCAUGGAGACCAUGACUAUGCUUUUCCUGGCUACGGUGGAGGAGGAGGGCCAAGCAGGGGAGGGGAGGAGGGAGAUGGCAGAAACCCUGCUGUCUGCCUUGACAGACAGACACCAGCAAAGACAGACAUGGAGAGACAGGUGCCACUCGAGUCUGGCCCAGACGUUACCCCCAGAGGAGGCCCCAGUGGACCGGCCCUUCUGGGGAGUCGACGACCCCGGCAUGCCGUUGCCCUUUGACCUGGCUGACAUCAUCAACAGAGUGGAGUCGCUGCUCUGGAGGAUGUGAAGCACAGCUACAUGAAGCAACAAAAGGCAGGAAAACCCACCAGCUUAUUUCUGAAGCGCCCCCACAUCAGAGGGGACAGACCACUGAAGACGGCUUCGUUGUUACCCCGACAGGAUCAAGUUCAUCUAGAUUGGGGCGUCUACAUCCACCCCCCGCACACCCAACCCCACACACCCCCACCCACACCCGCUCCACCACCCUGACUGACCCCGGCACCGCAGGUUGGAUCGGGCCGGAAGGAAACCAAAACAUCCCAAUAGCAACCCGACUAGUGCUUCAGUAACAUGCUAACAACCAACGCAAGCUUAGCGACGAGCUAGUAGUGUCACAAUGGUCUAACAAAGCAUAAGUGGAACCUGCAUCUCAGUGUUAGCAUACAUUGUGCAAGUAUUUAUUAUUUCGGUGUAAUCUUAAUCUCAUGUAACCCAGUCAUGCUUUUAUCGAUUGAUUGACUCAUUCUCAGUAGCCACAGUACAGUACAUGCAUAUAUGCUUUCUAUCUGUCACUCAGUGUUAUAAUACAGUAUAGAAUGGUAAAACCAAUUCCAACUUUGCUCACAUGCUAUUGCAUUCUCCACUUGGUGUAUGGUGUAAACCCCCCGUUUCCCGUGUUCUGAUGUGUAAUGAGCAUAAAGGAAGAGACCAAAGGAAGAUUAUAAGUGAGAUAUGAAUGUCACCCCAUAAAGAACAUGAAGAAUGUGUUUGUUUGGUGUUGGUGUUUGCAGUGUGAGUGUCUGAGAGCGUGUGUGUGUGUGUGUGUGUGUGUGUGUGUGUGUGUGUGUGUGUUCGCCCGUCGGCCCGUGUGUUUGUGCCCGGUUGCAUUCUCGCUCUCCCACAGGUCCACGUGGAGACACGUGUGUUUGUGUGUUUGCAUGUGUGUGUGUGUGUGCGAUAGCGGGUGCUUGAGCCGUCAGGCAGCCUGCCAGUUGUUUGUUCUCCAAGAUGCGCAUAUGAAGAAACAGAGACGAGCAGCGGGGCCCCCUCUGCCUCUCCUCUGAUGAAAGGCAGCACUGAUAGAAUGACCCGGAACACAACCGCCGUUUCACAUAAUUACAGCUGUUCAAUCGCUUUUAAUUACUCUUAAAGUGUGUAGAGCACCACAUUCCCCUGUAAUGCUGCAGGCCAUCCAAGAGAGAGAGAGAGAGAAAGAUCCGGCGCUUCUGACAAAAUCCACUUUCAUAAAAGCUAAAAAGGGUGGAAAAGGGGGCCGACGUCAAAGCAGUGUAGCAGCCCUCCUCGUUUGAUUUCUUUCUCUAUCUAGUUCAUGAUGAAGUAGAGACGCUGUUUACUAUUAAAAAUGCAGAAUGCACUCCUUUUUUUACUUCUGAAGUUUUUUCCAAGAUGUUAAUGGUUGCCAAAUGCUGUUCUUCUUGCUUCUUCUUUUGCUGCGCCUCUGUUGUUUGUUGUUGUCAGAGAGAUUUGUUUGUAGAUUGCCAGUAGCGUUGACUUGUUUAAAUCACUCUGUGCUCCCUGCACCACAGCUUGUCUGUUUGAAGCAAUAGGAAUGGCAGUAAAUAAAAAAAGCAAAAAAAAAAAAAACAGUGUUUUAUCCAACAA